CACACAUGACACAUACUCAUAAACACAGAAUCAGAUUUCUUCAGCUAUAAAUCACCUCCUGAAUUGGCUCUCCCCGCUGUACUCCGCAUAACAAUUCGUUUUAAUUUUACUCAGUCUUCUUUUCUUAUCAAUUAACAAACGUAUAAAGAUUUUAUUCCCUCAAGAUUGAUUAAUGGGGAACAUACAACUUCUUGAUUUCGUAUUGGCUUCGUCUGGGUUGUUGAUGAUGUUGGCUUAUCACUUUUGGCUUAUUCAUCGUAUCAUUAAACACCCCACCAGAACUGUCAUCGGUGUCAAUGCCAUCAACCGCCGCUUCUGGGUCCAAGCUAUGAUGGAGGAUGCGUCGAAGAAUGGGGUGCUUGCAGUACAAACAUUAAGAAACAACAUAAUGGCAUCAACCCUUUUGGCAUCAACUGCAAUAAUGUUGAGUUCCCUGAUUGCAGUAUUGAUGACAGGUGGUAAUGGAGAUAGAUCAAUGUGGAUUGUAUUUGGGGCCAAAAGUGAACUAUUUUUCUCCAUAAAAUUCUUCUUAAUAUUGGUAUGUUUCUUGGUGGCAUUCUUGCUGAAUGUGCAGUCAAUUAGGUACUAUAGCCAUGCAAGUAUUUUAAUCAAUGUGCCAUUCAAGAAGAUGUAUCAAAAUGUUCAUCAUCACCAACUCACAUCAGAGUAUGUAGCCAGGACUGUGAAUAAGGGGAGUUAUUUCUGGUCUUUGGGCCUUCGCGCUUUCUAUUUCUCUUUCCCUUUGCUCUUGUGGAUCUUUGGGCCAAUACCAAUGUUUUUAUCCUGUUUUUUUCUGGUUUUUAUGCUCUAUUUCUUGGAUGUCACCUUUGAAUUUGGAUGGGCAGUUGCUGCUUGUAAUGAAGAGGAUGAAGAUGAGGAAAUGGGGAGAGUUAAUUGAUUUU